AUGGCAACAAAACAGCGUAAAGUUACGCAAAAGAAAUCACGUCGCAAAGUUCAACGUGGAGUAGUUCACAUUUUAGCGACGUUUAACAAUACAUUAGUAACUAUCAGUGAUCGUUCUGGUCUUGUUAUUGCAUCGUCAUCUGCUGGUGCUUGCGGGUUCCGUGGGGCACGAAAAGGAACGCCAUUUGCUGCACAAACUGCAUCUGAAGAAGCUGUUCGUAAAGCUCUUGAUUACGGUUUAAAAUAUGUGGAUGUAAUGGUAAAAGGUCCUGGAGCUGGUCGUGAAAUGGCAAUUCGUGCUCUUCAACAGCUUGGAUUAGGGGUUACUUUAAUUCGUGACGUUACUCCAUUACCACACAAUGGUUGUCGUCCUCCGAAGAAGCGUCGUGUAUAA